AUGGUGUUGCAUAAGAGGCUAGAUUAUGGAUUCAAUGGCUAUGAGGGGCUUCCUAUACCUCGAGCUACAAGAUCACCAAGAAAGAGUGCUUUCAAGAAAAAUCAAAUAUCUUCCUUCGAUUUAUUGGCUGCAGUAGCUGGUAACCUUCUUCUUGAAAGUGGUGGGAAUUCUUCUUCCUCAAGUAACAACGCCAUAGGGGAUACUAAUGAAGAAGAUCAGUGUGCUGUUAAGAAAGAACUUCUUUAUGGACGCGAUCAAACGGUUGUAGAAGAGACUAACUGUGAUCAUGUUCAUGACAACAAUGCUGAGAGGAGAUUCUUUGUCUCCGAGAUCCUUCCAAAAUUUCAUAGAUCUCCAAGUCCUCCUAAAGAUUUCUAUUUUGGAUCUACCUCUGGUGUAACUUCUGAUUCCUCUGGCACCCAAGAAUUAGGUCAGAGUGUUUGUUUUAGGUCAGAGAUUAAUGAUAAGAUAUCAAUGCAUGGGAGUCUAAAUAAUUGUGAAACAAGGAAUGUUAUUGCCGAGAAUAAGCAUCAUAUAGGUAGUGGCUUCAAGAAACCGAUUCCUCCUUCGGUGUGCGCUGAUGAUAUAGAUUUACUCAAUGAUGAUGGCGAAAACUACUCAGCACGUUACACAACGAAAACAUUUAGGUCGACUCUUCGAAUAGGAGAUAAGAGAAUAAAGAAAGUUUUGGCUUCGAAGUAUUGUAAAGUCUCUUCAAAGCAGAAAGAGACAACGGUUACUAGUUCGGACUUAGACUUGAAGCCUGGUUACUACAACACGAAACAUUGUCUAAAAAGCUUAAGAUCAGAGAGGAGAUAUCCAAUCAAGAAAAGAAGAUACUUUGAUGGUUAUACAGCCUCACAAUCAGAAGAAACACCUCGAAAAGCUUCAGCUUUUAUGUCAACAAUAGCUUAUCAGAAGCAGCCAGCUUUACUAUCAAGAGAUACUCAUGUGAAACUUGGAAUCAAGUCAUUUAAAGUUCCUGAACUUUUCAUUGAGAUUCCAGAGACUGCUACCGUUGGUUCUCUAAAGAGGACAGUCUUGGAAGCUGUGACCACUAUACUUGAAGGUGGACUACGCGUAGGUGUUCUUGUUCAUGGGAAAAAAGUUAGAGACGACAAUAAAAUGCUUCUUCAGAGUGGAAUCUCUCUAGACACUCUUUCAGACACCUUAGGCUUUUGUCUUGAGCCAAACCCUCCACAAUCAGUAAAACCGCUGUCUCCUGAAGAUUCUGAUUUUGUGCGUCCAUGUAAUAUACCUCACACUCUAACAAGGUGUCUCCCAUCACAAGGAAAACAUGCUAAACCUAGUAACUCUGCAGAAAGUGACCUUGACUCCAAACCCUCUGCACCAAAUAGGGCUAAACCAGUCUACUCCAGAGCUUUGAUUCCUUUAGCUCCUCCUCUGCAUGCUCAGGCUUUAAACGUAGUCCCACCUCGGAAACCUAAGCGGUCUGAGGUGGCUCAGCGCAGAAUCCGUCGACCUUUCUCUGUUGCAGAAGUAGAGGUCCUUGUUCAAGCUGUGGAGAGACUUGGGACCGGAAGGUGGCGUGAUGUUAAGCUGCGAGCUUUUGAUAAUGCAAAGCACCGCACUUAUGUCGAUUUGAAGGACAAAUGGAAGACGCUGGUGCACACAGCAAGAAUCUCGCCGCAACAAAGGAGAGGUGAGCCAGUUCCACAGGAGCUCUUAGACAGGGUACUGAUGGCUCAUGCCUACUGGUCCCAGCAACAGGGGAAGCAGCAGUUUCUAGAGGGACCUCAAAAGCUCGAGACUAGUCUUGGUCUAUAG